CUGUUCAAAGUUAAAAUUAAUUGGAUUUUUAUAACUGGUCACAAAAUAACCGUAUUCUGUCUUAGCGCUAUCUUUUUCGAAAUUGGUGACAAGCAUCAGAAAGCAAUUUCCCAUUAAAACAAUGUAUCAAUCCAUCAUGGCUACUGAAGCUGAUGCUGCCGAUAAGGAUUGCUUAGUUCGAGUUGCAGUACGAAUCCGUCCGCAAAAUUCAAGGGAGCUAAUUGAUAUGUGCCGAAUAUGCACAACCGUAACUCCUGGUGAGCAGCAAAUCGUUUUAGGAUCUGACAAGGCGUUUACCUUUGAUUAUGUAUACGACGUGGACUCAAAUCAGUGUGAUAUAUAUACCGAAUGUGUGGAGCGUUUGGUUGAGGGAACCUUACAUGGCUAUAACGCUACAGUACUUGCGUACGGUCAAACUGGCUCUGGGAAGACAUACACAAUGGGGACGGGACUUGACCCCACUUCUGGCGACUAUCGUCUUGGAAUAAUACCUCGCGCAAUCCGACAUAUAUUCGCCGGUAUUGAAAGAAUGCAGCAUCCAGAAGAUAGUGACGUUUCCGUCACAAAUUCACAAUUUAGUGUGGCUGUCCAGUUUAUAGAACUAUACAACGAGGAUAUUAUUGAUCUUUUAGAUCCAUUCAAUAAAAAUUCAACCUUUAAAAUUCAUGAAAGUGGAAACGGAGAAAUUAAUAUAGCGGGUGCAACAAUUAAACCUAUAAAUGAACCCCAAGAGGCCCUAAAAUUUCUCCAGCAAGGCGCCUUAGCCCGAACAACUGCUUCAACUAAAAUGAAUGAUCUAUCUUCUCGAUCGCAUGCAGUGUUCACAAUAUUUGUUCGCAGACAGCAUGUAGUUGAGCCAAAAGUAAAUUUUGUGGAUAGCGACUUUGAAACUUUGACGUCUAAGUUUCAUUUUGUUGAUUUAGCUGGUUCGGAACGUUUAAAACGAACAUUAGCCACAGGAGAACGUGCCCGCGAGGGAAUAUCAAUUAAUUGUGGCCUGCUAGCACUUGGAAAUUGUAUUUCUGCAUUGGGAGAUAAAUCAAAGAAGGCUUCGCAUGUGCCAUAUCGAGACUCAAAGCUAACACGACUUCUACAAGAUUCUUUGGGAGGUAAUAGUCAAACAUUAAUGAUUGCCUGCAUAUCUCCAAGUGAUCGGGACUUUAUGGAAACAUUGAAUACAUUGAAGUAUGCAAAUAGAGCCCGCAAUAUUAAAAACAAAGUUCAGAUUAACCAAGACCAAAGUUCUCGAACAAUUUCGUUAUUGCGAAGAGAAGUCGCAGCCUUGCAAUUGGAGCUUUUGGAAUAUAAACAGGGUAAACGUGUGUUAGAUUCUCAAGGGAAUACGUCAAUUUCAGACACAUUUUAUGAAAAUACAAUGUUAUUGGCUGAUAAUAAACGAUUACAGCAGCGACUUAAAUCAAUGCAGGAGACUAUUAACAUCUUAGUAGACCGAAAUGCACAGCUUAAACUUGAAAAACAAACUCACGAAUGGGCAAAUGGCGACGGCUCUGAUAUGACAGUUGCCAAUAUGGUUGGAAAUUAUAUAAUUGAGAUUGAAAAAUUACAAGCAAAAUUACUAGAAUCGGAAGACAUGUGUCAACAGUUGAAGAAAUACAAUUCGACAGGAAAUUCACCACGUGCGAAUAAAACAGUUCGCGACGAUCCGAACGUUAUUAUAGACAUAGCAAAAAGAGGCUUAGAGAAAGAACGGGAACUCUUAAUGUUUCGCUCAUUACCUGGCAUACCAAAUGAAAAUAAUCAUUUAAUAGAACUGGAAUUUUCAGACAGCGAAAGUGAUCCUAAUGAAAAAGAAAUGGAAGAUGAUUUAAAUGAAAUUAAUUCAGAUAUAGAAAUAAAAACUAAAUUAAUUGAACAGUUGGAGCUGUCUCAAGAGAGAAUGCAAGUUAUGCGGCAACACUAUGAAGAAAAGCUGACUGCAUUAACAUCGAAAAUCUUUAGUACGCAAAAGGAAAGAGAUGAGGUGUUAGCAAAUAUGGCUUCCUCUUCAAAUAAUCAACCAAAAGACAAUUUAAAAUCAGUUAAAAUGGAAUAUGAGCGUAAGCUUAACGACAUGAACCGCGAACUCAAAAGAUUGCAACAGACACAAAGAGAACAUAUUCGACAACAAAAGGAGCUCAAAACACAAGAAAUAAAACUGCAAAACUUGCGAAUGGAACUUAAUGAAUUAAAAUGUAGUAAGGUAAGGUUAAUGAAGAAAAUAUCAGAGCAAACAAGCCAGCAUAGAGAGGAAAAUACAAGAAAAACGCGAGAAAUUGCCCAAUUACGUAAGGAGCAGAGACGGCAAAAGAAUGAGGUUUUGUCUUUACAAGCCAAAAUGAGUGCAAAGGAGCAAAUAUUGAAAAGGAAAACUGAAGAAGUGUCCGCACUGCGCAGAAGCCAACGCAGUGGGCAUGUAUGGCAGAGAACGGCAAAACAGUCAGCGUCCAAAAUGGAACAAACACGCUCCUUGCAUCAUCGUUGGGAAACAUUAUCUCGCACUAUAAUACAAUCGGCCAGAAACAAGCAAUUAAUUAGUCAAUUGGAGUCUGAAUUGGAACGCCUUGUUAAAGAAAGGGAACAACUCUGCCGAGAAUUGAAAAUAAUAAAAGAUCCGCAAAAUGUUGAAGGGGGAUCUGAGUAUUCAAACGAAGAAGAUAAUCUAAAAACAAAUAUAGGCUAUGUACAGGAAAAUAUAGAACAUGUUCAAAAAGCUAUUAUGGAGUUUGAAGAUAUGAAAGACCCAGCGCACAAUGAUGCGUUUAAAAUUCAGGGCAUCUUAGACACAAUAAGUACAGUGGAAGAAGCAAAAUACUUGCUUCAAAAAUUGUCAGACAACGCAAUAUUUAUUACGUGCAAUUCGUCAAUGAUCGAAAACCGUUUGCAAGAACAUGAAGCCUUACUUAAAGAAGCCCAACAUGAAAGUGGCAUACAACAGCAAAUUUUGCAAUUUUUUUUGGCAAACAGCAAUAAUGAACAAAUUUUGGAUUUAUUUGAUUCUUUAAAUAUGGAUGACAAGCUUCGCUUAAAUAAUUUAAAUCGCAGCUGGUCGCAAAAGUCUCUAAUCAGCAACGGAACUUAUGAUAUUCCGCGCGAAGAACCAUCCUUUAUCGAAGAUCAAGUGCCGGAAACAAGAUGUUCGCCAUCCAACACAGAUAUUGAAAACAAAUUUGGAGUGCUCACGAUAUUAUUAGGUACAAAUGAAGUUUACUCAACAAUCAACCAAUUAUUCGAAACAGUAUGCAAUUCCUCGGAUUACUAAAAAAUGUUUCAGAAUUUGCCCUGAUAAAAGUCCGAAAGUACGCGGACGUACUGCACGACGACACGACCUCCUUUUUGGAGAAACAGGCUUACCUAACCAA